ACAGCCCUAUGACCCAGGCCCUGCUGGGGACCCUGUUCACCUGGGGUCUGACUGCAGCCGGAUCCGCCCUUGUGUUCGUCUUCUCCAGUCGACAGAAGCGCAUCUUGGAUGGAAGCUUAGGCUUUGCAGCUGGGGAUAUGUGGACGGAGAGAGACGCAGUACUGUUGCUGAAAGGUGCCAACUUAUGCAACUCUGUGUUGGCUGAAUGCCGAGUUCAGACUCCGCACAGCAGUCCCGCACAGCCACUGAAGUCGUGCCUCUGAGAUCUGACCGUGCCAAGUGGCAGGAUUGCUGCUCCAUUUGGCUUUUAUAUUGGACAAAUCCACCUAUUCAGCCAUAUCAGUUUCUGAGAAGAAAAUAUGUGAGGGGGGGUUUAGUGGAGAUGGAAAGAGGAGGGGAGUAGAUUGGUUCUCCCUUUAUGCCAUUUUCAAAGAAGAAUGUCCUGACCGGCCUUGGGAUUGCUUUUUGGCUUUAGAUGGAGAGAGAAAGAACCGACAGUAGGAGCCAGUUGAAAGAAGGGAGGCAGACACGACAGGAGGGAAUGUUACACAGUAGUAAUGUUGGCUGCUUCCUACUGGUCGUUGCUUGCACCUGCAAUUGACAUGGCGGAGGAUUCUGGGAAGUACGGCUCAUUUGCCUUUGUACCUGUGGCUGUGGGAUUCACGCUUGGGGCGGCCUUCGUUUAUUUAGCUGACCUGGCCAUGCCCCUGCUGGGUGUAGGUGCUGACCCCCACACUGCCUUGGCCCUGUCCCCUGACUCCAAGCUGGCCAAAGAGAAAGCAGAGCAGCCCUUGUUCCAGCCCCUGGACUCUGAAGAGAUGACCAUCAGGAUAGGUAGAGCUGGACCUCUCUCAGAUAAAUUAGAGAAUGGAGAUGUUCACCAGAGGAGGAGAGGACCUCAUUCAGGCAGCUCAGAUGGACAGGCCACAGGAAGUAAACAACAGGAAGGGGAUGGGAAGACAGGAAGCAGCUGGCGACGCAUUCUUCUCCUCAUCCUUGCCAUCACCAUCCACAACAUCCCAGAGGGCUUGGCUGUGGGAGUUGGAUUCGGAGCCAUUGGAAAGACUUCAUCUGCUACUUUUGAGAGUGCCAGAAAUUUGGCCAUUGGUAUUGGCAUCCAGAAUUUCCCAGAAGGCUUGGCAGUGAGCCUGCCGCUCCGGGGUUCAGGGGUCUCAACGUGGACAGCCUUCUGGUAUGGCCAGUUAAGCGGCAUGGUAGAGCCUAUUGCUGGGUUGCUGGGCGCUUUCGCUGUGGUUCUGGCGGAACCUCUGUUGCCAUACGCUUUGGCAUUUGCUGCCGGUGCGAUGAUCUACGUGGUGGUAGAUGACAUCAUACCAGAGGCUCAAGUCAGUGGAAACGGGAAGCUGGCAUCCUGGACCUCCAUCUUGGGCUUUGUAGUGAUGAUGUCUCUAGACGUGGGCCUGGGCUGAGGGCACCAGGACGACCGGCACUGCGUCAACGUAGCCCUCAAGGGCCACGAUGUCCUAACAGUGAUGCUGACCUCAGUUUUAAAAAGGGGACCAAAUGAAGUGUUUUAUUCUGAAACACUGUUUAUCUACUUUCUUUGAAUUGUUGCUACUUGAAAUGUAUAAACCCAGUAACAGAAACACAGAGCUAUUUUGUAAAACAGGCGAGGAUGACUGCACUUGAACAAUUAUCUUUAAUGUGUGGUAGAUAUCUCAUUUAGGAAUGAAUUUAUACAUAUUUAAUGAAUAUACUCUUGAUUGCAGAUUUUUUUUUGAAGAAGAAGAAGCAGCUUUUUGAAUUCUUCUUUUACAGAAACAUUAUUUUAAAAGAGAAACGAUCAGUUAAGAACAUUACAUGAAUGUUUUUAAGUUUACUUCUUCCAGUUUUGUAUUUCCUCAUGAUGGCAAUACUUGAAGUAUAGAGUUUCAUUUGUUCAUUCAUGGGACCCGCGAAUGAAAAAUUUGAUUUUGCUUAUUUCAUUCAUUCUGCUAAGCACAGUUUGUUAAUGGUGCACUGACAAGUGUGAGUUUUUGAAGCUACGUGCUCUUCAUCCAACCAUUUGUUUCUGUUUGUGACAUUUAUGAGGAUCAAUCAUCACAGUGAUUGCUGGACUUAUUCAGAUGUAAUAACAUAAUUUCUCCUCUUUCACAACAAACUCAAAACAAACGAUAGUCUCCUGUUAACCAUAUCCUGCCAUCUACAGGUCAGUCUGAAGAAUCACAUGUUGUGGUCCAUGUCUAAUUAUUUAAAUGCUGCAGUUCAUGCUGGAUUACCUCUGAAGGAUUUAUAUAAUUAAACAACCGAGUGAUUCUCA